AUGAUCUGUUUUCUAUCAGCCUUACUCCUGUGUAAGACUGUCUUCGCCUGUUUAUCGAACGGAUUAGCGGGAAGUUGUGGAUGUACUACAUGUCCAUGUGGUCAAACGCCUUACAUGGCUCCAGUUGCUUAUCCUGCCUCUUCGCCUAGCUUCAGUGCUUUUUCAGUUCAACAACAGCCUUCAUACAUUCAGACACAUCAAGAUCGGACUGUCGACUAUUCUUUGAAUUCGCCUAUUGCAUACGCGAAGUCACAAGAAGGAUAUGGAGCCCCUCCACCCAUACCAUCAGCAAGUGCUCCAUCUUCUUCUUACAUUCCAGCCCCAACUUUUGUAAUGAGUCCCCAUUUGACGCAACACCAAACUUCACACCAAAAACAAUCAGAUCAACAUCCGAAAGAUACACCUGUCGCGAUAGCUCCAGCUGAAUACGAAGUUACCUCUCGCAUGACUGAUGAACAAACUGAAACUUAUACAGUAGUCAGCACCAAACCGGUUUUCGGAUACUCUAUGGCUCCUAUGACUCAAACAUCGGGAUACAGCGCUGGAGGACAAAUUCAAGUUUCAUCAAGUAAUCAUGUUUCUGAAAAAGAUGAAUACUUGGCUGUCUUCAGAGAAGAACCAAGCAGUGGGCAGACUAACAAAAACUUUGUCACUUAUUAUAAUCAAGAAUGUACUGGAUUUAUACUGGGGAAAUCAUCAGGAGAAACAAUAGACUCUGCAACUCGAAAAUGUGCUUUAUUGGGCUGCAGUGCCGCAAAUGCUAUGGCUGAAGGAAACGGUUCCUAUCAGGUUGAAUUCUUACGUGAUGUGAAAGGAAGGCAAAACAAGAAAUAUCACUAUUGCAUGUCUCUUGGAACUGUUCCAUUACGGAGCAUACGUAAUACAAAGAGUGAAGAGGAUAAGAAUGAACCUGUACGUCAAUUAAGGGCAACUAUUUUCAGAAAUAAACACUGA